GUUCGCCCUGCUCCAGGUGCUUGGAACCGCUGGGCCCUGGCUCUGAAGCCCUGGAAUGCGGCUGAGGCGUGGGGGGAGGGGCAGCGCUGACCUCACAAUGGCAGGGUCCGCUGCCCCUCGCCAGCCCGCCGGCUGCCGGCAGCUGCCGCCCACCGCUGCCGGGCAUGUCCCUCCUCAGCAGCUACGAGGGCCUGCGGCGGGAGAUCCAGCGGUUGGCACAGGAGAACCAAGAGCUGCGGCGGCUGGUGCAGCUCAUCCAGGAGAACCAGGAGCUGAAGCUGGUGCUCAGGAACCGGGGCAGCAGCCUGAGCUUCUGCAGCUCCGGGCUCCUGGCCGAGGUGACCGCCAGCCCCCGCUUGCCCCGGCGCAGAACCAUCAAGUUCAAGGAUGCUGAAAGAGGUGCGUGGCCCAGGGCCGUGGGGGUCUCCUCGGGGACCCACAGGCUGCACUCACUGAGCCGUGCAGGACAGCGAAAAGUGGGAGAAACCCCUGCUCCCGUGGGGCCGUGUCCUGUCAGGUGCUGACAGGUGCUGUGGAGGAAGGGGCGAGGAAUGGA